CGUCUCCUGAAACCAAGUUCCAAGCCACAAAGUGGCUUCGUGAUCCAUCUUUAGGUGCCUGUGUUACAGAAGUACAGUAUGCCAGCAGAUGCCCAGGGCACUCUCUCACUCGCUGUCUCCCUGCCCCUCUCCUUAUCUUUCUCAGGAGCAGUUGCCAGAGCUGAAUGUUCAUUUCCGCUCCCAGAGUUUCCACACCUCCAUGUACGCCUCCUCCUGGUUCCUCACUCUCUUCCUCACUUUCUACCCGUUGCCAGUGGCCACGCGGAUAUUCGACAUCUUCAUGUAUGAGGGGCUGGAGAUUAUAUUCCGGGUGGGAAUGGCGAUUCUCCAGUACAACCAGACUGAUCUGAUCCAGCUGGACAUGGAGGGCAUGUCUCAGCACUUCCAGAAGGUGAUUCCUCAUCAGUUUGAAUGCUGCCCGGACAAGCUCAUACUGAGGGCUUAUCAGAUAAAGUACAACCCUAAGAAAAUGAAAAGGCUGGAGAAGGAAUACACCACUAUCAAGAACAAGGAGAUGGAGGAGCAAAUUGAGAUUAAGAGACUACGGACUGAAAACCGUCUGCUGAAACAGAGGAUUGAGACCCUGGAGAAAGAGAGCGCUGCUUUAGCAGAUAGGCUGAUUCAGGGUCAGGUGACCCGUGCUCUGGAAGCGGAGGAGAAUUACGUGAUCAAGCGGGAGCUGGCUGUGGUGAGACAGCAGUGCACGGCCGCCAGCCAGAACCUGGAGAAAGCGCAGGACACCAUCCGGGAACUGCAGGAGCACAAGGGGGACCCGCGCUACACAGCAGAGUUUGCGUCACAUCUCCAGACUCAGCUGGAGCAGUCCCGGCUACAGGAGGCAGAGCUGCUGGGGGCCCUCAGACAGAUGCAGGAGAAGGUGCUUCACAUGGAGAAGAGGAACAGCCUGCUCCCCGAUGAGAACAACAUGGCUCAGCUACAGGACGAGCUGAAAGCAGUGAAGCAGCGGGAGAUGCAGACCCUCAACUCCUUCAAAGAGAUGCAGUCACAGAUCUCGGACCUCAACGAGCACUGGCAGCUCCACCUGUCAAGCUCCUCAGGGGGAGGGGGUCACUGGAAGGAAUCCCCCAAAAAGAACGCCCUCAACGACCUGCAGGACAAGCUGAUGACAGCGAGGCUGAGAGAGGCACAGGCCCAGGCAGAGACCAGGGAGCUCCGAUUGCAAGUAAUGCAACUGGAGAGCCAGAACCAGAUUAACAGCAACCUGCUGAACCGUCAGGAGGUAGAGAGCGCCGCCCUGCAGGAGAAGCUGCAGUACCUCUGCGCGCAGAACAAGGGGCUGCAGACCCAGCUGAGCGAGAUGAAGAGGAAGCAGGCUGAGUUUGACUGCAAGAGUAAGGAGGAAGUGAUGGCGGUGCGUCUCAGAGAGGCUGACAGCAUGGCUGCCGUGGCAGAGCUGCGGCAGCGAAUCGCAGACCUCGAAAUCCAGAAGGAAGAGGGCCGCAUUCAAGGCCAGCUCAACAACUCGGACUCAAGCCAGUACAUCAGACUGCUGAAGGACCAGAUCGCUGAGCUCAAGACUGAGAUCCGUCUUCAGAAGGGCCACCAGCAGCGCUUCAAGGACCCGAUGACUGCGUUCGACGGGAUCCACAUCGUGAAUCACGUGAUGGGGGACGGCGAUUCCCUGAGCUCGGACGAGGACCUCCUGCCCAGCCCCAUAGCGGUGGGCGGGCUGCAGGACACCCUUUACCCUUUGAACCCCGGCAGUGCCUGCUUCCUGCGCGGAGUGGAGAACCCUGGGAAGGACAGCGACGGCAGCACAGACAGCGAGCAGGAGGAAAGGACCUCCGCGGCGCAGCUGUACGCCCACAUGGUCUGCGGGGAGACAGUCAACAACGUGGAAAACUGAGGCCAGCGAGUCACAUUACUAGCAUUCGAAUUAUUAUUACUGUUUCAUUUAAAGACCAACCUACCGGUGGCAAUCGCCAGGACUACUCCUUCUCAUAACACUGCAACCCUCUUAGAAUUAAGGACACAAAGUCCCCGAGCACAAUGCCGUAUACUGAAAACAUGUGCCGGCAAUUGCAGUAGUUUUCAUGCCAAAUAGUAUGCAACAGUAUGCUUUUUGCAGCACUGAAAUGAAUUGCCAAUUGUACAGGUGGCAGUAUGUUUGUGUGCAAAGGAGAUUUUUGGCAACACCCAGUCAGAAACUUCUCCAAACUUCACGACACGUGAAUUUGAUUGACACACACACACACACACACACACACACACAUGUAUUGUCUUCCAUACCAACUGCUAAACUAUGACAAAGACACAACACUAAACACCUUUGAAUUGAAGGUUGUCGUAUUUCUCCAAAAAAAGGAACAAAAACUAAGCACUUCUGUACUGUCACAAACGCUGCACUGACCACUGCAGUGACGACAGUCCAGCCCCGCACAGAAGAAUACAUCUGAAACUCUGGGUGUGGAACCCAAAUAAAAAUGAAAAAAAAUCACUUCUGCACUGCGUCACCCAGCAACCGCUACACUGCCCCAUCCUUCCUGCUGUUCCACUCUUUACCUCCGGUCUUUUAAGUAAAGUCUGGUAGCACCUCGGAAGCACUCGAUUCAAACAUAGCAGCAGUGAAACAACUUGGUCUGGAGCAGGCAAACUGCCCUCGUCCGUUCUUGAAAGCGUGCACUACAGUACUGCACUGGAGACCUGCAGGGGAAGUCUGUGCCCUCAUUACAGUGUGCAGUUUCGCAGGAUCAAACCAGGCAGCAGAAUAGCCUCGAGACAAACAAGCGAACAAUUCAAAGAGUGGUCCAGUUGAUCUGAAGCUAAAAAAUCUGGAAACUGUACACUGACCCAGAGGAGCCAGAAUUAUCUUUGGUCACACUUUAUUUUUAAGGGCCACCUAUUAGCUAUUAACAGCUAAUAAACAUGUGAUUUUUUUCUGUUAAUUGUUAGUUAAUAUAUAAUAGGCUAGCGAAAACCUUAUGGAUUAUCAGUUCCCAGUCGAUCAUAUAUCGGCACUAAUGUUUAGCAAAUUAAAUCAGGUUAUUAUUAGCGGCCGUCUUAACCGCAAUGCAGAAGAGCCAGGCUUGUCUGCAUUCGUGGUUAUAGAGCUUUUAACCUCAUCUCAUCGACAGAGAACUGAGUCCUCAAUGGCAGGGCAGCACACAAAACUGCCCGUUACACUAUAAAGAUCUUGAUGUAUUACCCUUAGCUCAAAAUUAACAAUGUUUGUUAACAGUUAAUAAACUAAAAAAAAAAGUGGCCCUUCAAAUAAAACGUGUCCUUGAUUUUUUUUUACACUGCCACAGAUGAAAGAGAAAAUGUAACUGGACCACAAAGAGUGCUGCUGACCGCCACGAAAACUAACAAAACUGGUCUUCCACGCACAGUACUGCACGCGUGAUCAGGGGCUCUUAAAAAAUCUGCAACAGGGUGCGUCUCUGUCUGUGUGUCAGCCACGCCUGCAGCAGCUCACUGCGCCGCCCGCCAUGCAGACUUGCAAUCGUGCAACACCGAUCUGCUUAACGUAAGCAUGCAGUCAGUAACCCAGUGUCUGGCUAGCACACUGAGUAGAUGCAUGCUUUGUUCUCAUGCUGCUUCAAAACCCCUCCCUUAACUUCAUUCCCUGAGAGAGGAGAGGGCCCGCGAUUUCAGAUCUGAACAUCAACAUCUCCUGGGGUCAUUUGAUGCCAUGCCAUCGUAACAUUUAAACCUGGGUUUAGUGCACCUGUACUCAUAGUAAAACUGGGGCUGGUUCAAACUGCUAUGACACAAGACGCCUGCUUCUGUUUGUGCACGGGGCAGAGAAACCACGCAGAGUUCAAUUGAAUGGAAAGUUGUGAUAACAGACAAAUGUAAUAAGGUGUCCUCAACCGAGGAGCUGGGUGAAAAUUCAUUUUCUUGACAGGUUUUCCUUACCGUGCUGUGUAGCCCACAAAUAGUGCUUUAGUUUCAGUGUUAUAUUGGAUAGUGAGAUCAGGUACAAGGGAUAAAGGAUUGUGGACUUUAAGUUAUUUUUUUUUUUGGAAGUUUUUAGGUAGAUACACUGACUAGUUACUACCUAAGGGGGAGGGGGGGUGAUGUACUGAACACUAAGUUUUUUUUAUUUUUAUUUAUUUAUUUUCAUUUUUAGAAUAUGAAUAACUACAUUUUCCUCUGGCAUUAGAUCAUUCCCAGUCCCACCACAUUUUCAUUCGCCCACGCACUCCCACAUCCACGGUGUGGUUUUCCGUAAGGCUUCGAAAUCCCUUUCAUGCUCCUUUUUAUUAUCCACAGUGCCGUUUCCACUGCUCCCCUUCUCAUUGUGCUGUGGAAGUCCUCGUUUCUUAAAGGGUUAAUCCUUUCUAGAGCAUCACUCUCCUUGCACUUACAAGAAUCUGUUUGCAACUUUUCUGAAUCUACAGAGAACUGGUGAAUAACCGUUAAAUAUGCUUUUUAACCACUCUCUGAGAGCUGUUUAAUCACUAAAAAGUAAAAUGAGUUUAAAAUCAUGUUUACAGUGCCACUCGGCAUACUCAUUACAGCAUGUUCUCUCACUCUUUCUCUCUAUAUAUAAAUAUAUUUAAUCAAAAUAUGAAUAGCUGAUAAAUAAAUAUGUAUAUAGAUAUAUACAUUUGUGUGUGUGUGUGUUGUGCCUUUAAAAAAGGCAGACUUUGUUGGAAUUGUCUUAUAUUAUAUUUAACUUCAACAAUAUGUAUUGUUGCCAAAUCCUGUUAUUUUUUGAGUCGUUUUUUCAUUUCUUUUUUUUUCUAUAAACUUUAUACCAGUGGUAGCCAAACUGUUUUCUGUGCCAACACAGGCCCAAAGAUAGAGGGUAGGGGUUCUGAUAUCGAUAACAAAUAAAUAAAACAAGAGCAGUCCUGAGCCUUGAUCUGAUCACACUGAACGUGGGACUUCAAUUAAAUUGCUAUAGAAAGUUCCAGCCCAGUCUGUAUAGAGAUAAGCUGCUUUCCACUGUGGCUAACCAGACUGCAGGACACGCCCCCUCAAGAGAUUAUGGGCUGUAUUUUCAAAGCAUCGCCUCCCUUCUUUAACACAGGUUGUUUUUUUUUUUUUUGAAAGGCGAGGAAAUCAUGUCGAUGAGAAGGGCUGACGAGAACUUGCCAUGUACACCUCUUAGCUGGUUCUAGUUCUGCAAAAUUAGCAAAGUGCGUUUAUCCCUUUUAAAAAAUAUGCCCCAUAUUUACUGCAGUCUUUAAAUAACUCCUGCUGAUGGAAAUGCAGCAGUAACACUGAAAAACUCAAUCAUAAUUAAAUGCCAAUUUCAGAACACAAGUGCAUUUGUGUAAUUUGAUGCGUUAGAUUUAUACUUUUGCGUUUAACAAAAUUAGAGCAAGUUAUCAUAGCAAUAUAGUUAAAGAGAAAAUAAAAUACCCCAAAAAAAUUGCAAAGUAGCCUGUUCUCAGAUGAGGGCAACGGCACCUAAUGGGUUAGGAACACAUAUGAGACCGGCAAAUACCUGACACAGAUGCCUGCUGUUCAUUCUGUGCAAGUCAAUAGGUGUUUGCACCCUUUCAGAAAAAUAGGAGUUAAUGUUAGAUCACUUAGUGCUUUAAUUAGGCAUCUUAACAUCCAAAAAGCCUCCUGCAUUUUAUCAUUUGCGGCUGUGUGUUCCUUUUCUCUUAUUAUUUUAAAUGUGUGGCCUAUUACAGUCAUCAGUUAAAUAAGACAAUCACUAAUGUUCCUGUUUUGAUCAUUUUCCAAGAUUUUCAGUUCCAGUGGUUUGAGUCAUACGGACAACAAAUCAAAACUACAGAAGCAAU